UGGCACAAACACAGGGAAACAUUAUUGUGGUUAAUUGUUGUGGCUGCUCGCAGCCUUGUGCAGAAACUCUUUCUGCAGUGUCCGGGGUUUCCAGCUUGACGUCGAGGAGUUGUAACACGCUUGGUGUCCUGACGUGAACUGGUGCAUUUAACUUUAUAGAGAAGUAAGAAUGGUGUGGUUUGAGUCAAAGACGGGAGCGCAACCAUCAGCCAGUCGAUCUGCUUAAAAUUAUCCCCUCUACGCAACACAUGGCUUUGACUGAGGGUGACUCAUUCAUUCAGACUGCACACCCAUUGGAGAGAGAGAGAGAGAGAGAGAGAGAGAGAGAGAGAGAGAGAGAGAGAGAGAGAGAGAGAGGACAGCCACCUACCAAGUGCCAAACUGGAGGCCAACCUCUCUCCUCUCCUCCCAUCUCAUUCUUUCCUACAUGGGCACUGUCUCAGAUGGGUUUGCAGACAGAGCAGUAACAGUCUGAAGAGUGCGAGUAAACGGACACGAGCUCUCCAACUGGAAGAUUUCGGGUUUUUUUUUUUUACCAAAAUAAGCCAGAAAAGUCUCGACCAAGACCCCCGGAGCAGAGUCUCUCUCUUCGUCUGAGAAGCUUUCAAAGAGAUACAAAGAAACAAUGGCGACACCCAAAAACACCCCCCGAGGUGCAAACACACCUCUGUCCCCCAACCGCAUCACCCGGCUCCAGGAGAAGGAGGACCUCUGCAACCUCAACGACCGGCUGGCCAUCUACAUUGACAAGGUGCGCUCCCUGGAGGCCGAGAACGCCGGGCUGCGUCUGCGCAUCACCGAGUCGGAGACCGAGGUGAGCCGGGAGCUGACGGGCCUGAAGGCGGCGUACGAGACGGAGCUGGCCGACGCGCGCCAGACCCUGGACUCGGUGGCCAAAGAGAGGGCGAGGCUGCAGCUGGAGCUCGGCAAGCUGCGGGAGGACCACAAGGAGCUGAAAGCCAGGAAUACUAAAAAAGAGUCGGAGCUGGCUGCGGCGCUGCAGAGGCUCAAAGACCUGGAGGCCCUGCUGAACUCCAAGGAUGCGUCUCUGACCACGGCUCUGGGAGAGAAGCGAAGCCUGGAUGUGGAAAACCGGGACCUGAAGGCGCAGGUCGCCAAGCUGGAUACCAGUUUGAAUGACGCCCGGAAGCAGCUGCAGGAUGAGAUGUUGAGGAGGGUGGAUGGAGAGAACCGCAUCCAGACCCUCAAAGAGGAGCUGGACUUCCAGAAGAACCUGCACUCUGAGGAGCUGCGGGAGACAAAGAGGCGUCAUGAGUCUCGCAUGGUCGAGCUGGAUAACGGCCACCAGCAGGAGUUUGAGAGCAAACUGUCCGAGGCGCUGAUGGAGAUGCGAAACCAGCACGAACUGCAGGUCAAGAUGUACAAGGAAGAGCUUGAGAAAACCUAUAACACCAAGCUGGAAAGCGCUCGUCAGUCGGCUGAUAGAAGCAGUCACCUGGUCGGAGCCGCGCACGAGGAACUGCAGCAGACACGGAUACGCCUCGAGUCCACGUCCGCCCAGCUCAGCCAGCUCCAGAAACAGCUGGCCGCUCGCGAAGCGAAGGUGAGGGACCUGGAGGACGCUCUGUCCCGAGAGCGGGACACCACCCGCCGCCUGCUGGGAGAGAAAGACCGGGAAAUGGCGGAGAUGAGGCAGCAGAUGCAGCAGCAGCUGGACGAGUACCAGGAGCUCCUAGAUGUCAAGCUGGCCCUGGAUAUGGAGAUAUGCGCCUACAGGAAGCUGCUGGAAGGAGAGGAGGAGAGACUGCGCCUGUCCCCGAGUCCUCCUCCGGCCAGAGUGUCGGGGAGUCGCACCUCCUCUGCAGCGGCUCACUCUCGGUCGGUCAACAGCAGCUUCCAGAACUCGUCCGUGAAGAGGCGACGACCCAACGACACGGACAGCGAGGCGUCCAGCUUCGCGGGAGGAGCCGUGGCUCGCACCCGCAUCACCCAGCAGGCCUCGGCCAGCGGGCGCGUCACCGUGGACGAGGUGGACCUGGACGGGAAAUACGUGAAGCUCAGCAACAAGGCAGAUGAGGAUCAGAAUUUGGGGAACUGGCAGGUGAAGCGGCAGGUCGGAUCGGGUACUCCAAUCAUCUUCAAGUUCCCGGCUAAAUUCUCCCUGAAGGCCGGCCAGAGGGUCACGAUUUGGGCCUCCAGCGCCGGAGGAACCCACAACCCUCCUUCUGACCUGGUGUGGAAGACCCAGAACUCCUGGGGCACCGGAGAUGUUUUCCAAACCACCCUGAUCAGUGCCAACGGAGAGGAAAUGGCAAUGAGGAAAGUGACCCGCGCACAGUUUGAGGAUGAAGAUGAUGACAUGCAGGUGGCCCACAGUACCUGCGGAGACAGCGAGUAUAACCUGCGCAGCCGGACGGUGGUGUGCGGCUCCUGCGGACUCCCCUCGGACAAAUCCAACAACUGCUCCGUGACCUCCGCCUCCCGCUCCUUCCGCAGCGGAGGCCUCUCCGAGGGGUUACUGCCGCACUCCUACGUCUUCAGCUCCAGCACUCCCCGCAAGACUGGAAGCAAGAUGGAGAACUGUCCGAUCAUGUGAAGCCGGGAUCCACCUGACGACUAUUAAUAGCUUUCCAGUUAUUGAUUGUUUUGUUAGAUAACAUAGUUGUAGCUGUUAGUUUAGAUCACAUACUUUGGGAAAAAUCAACAGGAUAUUAUCAUUUUAUACUGCUUUUAUAAUGUACUGUACAUAGGCAUGUUCAUGAAAUCUUUUCUUGGAUUUACAUGUUGAUCAAAGCAGGCACUUUUGUUUGUAUACAUUUAAGAUUGAAGAUUGGGUCCCUGCUGUUCUUGAGACUAAAAAUGAAGAACUUACCAGCUAUUUAAUCGCCUUAACUCCAUCUUGGAAAAUAUGAUUACCACAGCUGCUGUGGCCGGUAUCAUUUUGUUGUACUCCGUAAUCGAACACAUUGACACUGCAGGAUUCUGAUCAAUUCACUGAUUCAGCUGAAACGUUUUGCAAAGAGAUUUUUUUUCAUUGAAUGAGCUUCCUCUGCUACAGUAAAUUGAUCACAACUUCGCUACAGGUCUAUGGAAUAUUGUGUUUUUUUUUUAAAUGACAUUAUUAAAUGUAUUUUCAGGAAAACUUGGUUUUUUAAAAAAAAUGUUUAUGAUAUUUGUGCACCUGACUUUUUAUACUUCUGUUUUCUAUAUCUGCUCUGUGAUUGUGAAAGAACUUUGGAGUAUUUGAAUAAAAUCCACAU